AUGCUUCUGCUUGCCGUGCGGCAGCUGCUUGGCAAAAUAGUGAAGGACAUUCAGUGCGAUCAGCUGGAGCGUAUCGGUCUCUCGGAGGGCCGCCUGGGGUUUAGCUUUGAGCUCUCUCAUCUUGAGCUGAAUGAGACGUUUAUUAACAAGGAAAUCCUGGACGUCCCAGUGGAGGGGACGAGCUCCGCGCAGUCGUGUGCGUCCGCAUCACUACGUCUGGUGCGAGGCCAUGUAAACAGUAUUAGUGGGGAUUUUGCCUUGGAUCCUAAAGGGCAACGCAUCAUUGAAAUUGACGGUCUGCAGCUAGUCUUGGAUGUGAUUCCAAAGACUGAGUGUUCUGUUCCGACCGCUCGCCGGAGCCGCAGUGCGAGCCACAUGAGGGAGACGAGGGGGCGGCAUAGUUGCGAAAAAACUGCACAUAGUUCAAAGAAUGCUUGGGAUGAUGAGAAUAGUGGCGCAGAUGAGGAUACUAUAUACUCCUCACUUUUCAUGAGCAAUACUCUGCGCAAAGGGGUGGAGGAAAGUGUGGUGCGCCCUGCGUUGAGUGAAGCAGGGUAUUCCGCAGGGCCGUCUUCACCAUCCCGCCAUAUUGAUGAGGGGCUGGAUGUGUUUGAGCGGACGAUCAGGCAGUUUGCUCACAGUGUGCGGGGGCGCAUACGUAAUGUCAGCAUCAUCUUGCGGAUUCCGCCGUUGGGCGAGCGGAUUGUGUCAGGGCGAGAACCUCCAGAUGGCAGUUUAGAACUACUGAUCGUUUUUGAAGGUGGCUUUGAGCUGGAAGACAUGUGCUCUGACCCAGAUGGAGAUUUGGUGCAUAAGCGUAUCCGCUUUUCUGGUGUUCGUGCGGCCGUGUACCCUUACGGACAACGGUGUACAACGCGCGCCACUGAUGAGGAAGUGGAGGAGUCUGUUGACCUUGCCGACGUGUUCCUCUGUGGUGGACGCACAGACGAGUUCAACAACGAUAUAGUACUUCGAUUUAGCGAAGGACGAAACCAGCUGCAGGGCGCGGAGGCGUUUCUGGACUUGAAGGUUACAAUGAAAUCCUUUUUCUUUAUACUUUCUCCGACACAGAUAGGUCGCCUGAUGCAUGUUGCCCGCGCCCUGGUGGGAGCACCGGAGGGGGAUUACACGGAUGCAGAGGCGGAGGCAGCGGCAGCGGCGGCAGCGGCGGCAGCAGCAUCUCGUGUGGUGCGAUUCAUUACGACCAUGAAAGCAACAUGCCAGUAUGUUUUUUGUGUGUUUCUCCCUGAGGAGGAUCGUCAGGGAAUUAAAGAGUUUUGGAAAACUCUGCAGCAAGGCGAUACUGAGGCUUCUGCUGGCGACGCGCUGCUCUCGUCGCGAAGACAUCGACUUGUAUUGCAUCGUCUGCUCCGUCGCACAGGGUAUUACAACGUGCAUAUUGGCGGUAUAAUGCUGUUGGUUCAGCCAGUUACAGCAAGCACAAGCCGUUUUGAGGAUGCGUUUCAUGAUGUGUUUGAAAAUCACGGCGGUCGUGGUUGCUCCGCGGGAAUCAGCACCUUUGAGGUCUAUGAACUCGCUCCUGACAGCAGCGAUGAGGGCCACCCCAGUGACACGGAAGGCGGACGACUUAUCUUGACCACCAAGGAAAAUGUUGAAAAUCACUCUGAGCGGCGGUACCGCAUUGCCAUUGUUGCUAGGACCACGCACCCGCUAACACUUUCUGAGGCGCGCUGCUAUAGCGAUAACCUGCUGAAGGAGCAGGAUAACGUGGCUGCCGUUGUGAUGGAACAUGUUCUUGUGAAAACUUCAGGGGCGGUGCUUGUGGCGGAGUUGGAUGCGGGCAUUCUUAAAAGACUAGUAACCUUCUGGGCGUGCUUGAGUCACAUCAUAAGCAUGAGUCCCGGCACAUCGAGGCCAUCCCAGCAGCAACAGCAAACUACAGACAUUUCUGUUUUGUCGUCACCUGCAUUUUCGGCGCAGCGUCAAGGCUCACGGGAGGACUUGGAUUGCCUUGAGAGGCCUCUGGGCGAGGGGCAAUUUACUCAGCUGCUGCUUGAACAAUUGACAGGGGAGGGAUCUGUAGGUUGUUCGCAGGAGACGCAGGUGACGACACCGUAUGCCUUGUUGCGCUUUUUUACACUCCAGCUGGAAGGACUCACAUUGGAGGUGAGGUUUCCGUCCUCCAAGGCGCCUGAUCCGGACUACUACGGCCCCUUGACCAAACGUUUGUGGGAACAGUUGCGGAAGGAAGCGGAGGCCGCGGCGGCUUUUACCACGGAUCAGGCAAGUUUUUUCGGUGUUGAUGGGCCCUACCUUCCACUGACGAUGAGUGUGUAUCUGAAGGCGCUUGAUGUCUCGCUGGGCAGUGAAGGGGUACUGGAGGUGUUUCUGAAUGAGGGACAGCUCACACUGCACGACUAUAAGGAGUGCGUGCAGAGCAACAUUAUCCGCUGUGUGUUUGACACACACAAGGAGCCCUGCAUUGUUGUCAGACAACGCCAGACCCAGACAUCAGACAUAAAAUGGAGCGUUGCAGGCAAGGCUCACGCCCCUUUCACAGAGGCCCAUGAAGAAGAAGAGACUCAGGCUGAAAACAACAGCCUUAUCGCAGUGGUGGCGAAUAUCAGUCAAAUUCACGCUCAACUUCAUCAAGAUGAAUACCUUCUUGUUUUCUUCUACCUGGAUCAGGUGCUGGAAGUGGUGGAUGCCAUGUGUAGAGUAAUAAAUGCUCCAUAUAAAGGCGGAACCAGCAAUGACUAUGCGUCUUUGGAAGAAACAGCAGAGGGGUUUGCAUCUGCUCUCUCCGGUACUUCCAUCACAGUUGAGGACCCACUGCAAUACAGCAAUACAGAAUAUGACCCCAUCACCACUAGUAUCAGUAUUCGACUGGGAGUUGAAAAGGGCACAAUGCGACUUUGGGCACCAAGGCUUUCCUCCGCAGGAUGCUCUAUUGGCGACCCACUAUGGCGCUGCCUCCCGCGGCAAGAACGGCGUGGAAUCGACAAGGAACAUCUAUACCACCUUUACGACGUGACAGUUUCGAAGGCUUUUGUUUUUGUUUUUCAUCAGGCAUCGAUGCGCCUGGCAAAGACGGCAUUGCACGGGAGGGCGUUUGACUUUUGUUUGCAGGAGCGUUUAUGUCAGGCAAAAAUGACAUACGCUGAAUUUCCGUGGCCGGCCGAACACGCCUCGUCUCCUAAAUGGGGUGGUGUUGCCACGCUUCUUCAAAGUUAUUCGGCUCUCUACAAUCGCUCGCACAACAUUCGCGUGCGUCCGCCCGGCGCAAGUUCCACGGAAUCUUCGCGUACUCGUCAUGCCGUCGGUAUCUCGCUGUGUCGUCAUCGCAACGUGGAGGACCACACCGAGGCGUACAAUGUUGCCCUACACUUGGAUCGAAUUAGCGUAUUGCACCAGGCUGCACAUGAAGGGGAUCAUUGGUUGUUGGUGCUUCUGAACUACCUUUCUGACCCCAGCAAUGACGGAUUAAACGCGGCUGUAGCAGAAAAGGAGGUGUUGGAAGCAGCUCAAGUAAAUGAGAGGAAAGAAGCGCAGAGUGACGAGGGUGUGGCCAUCGUAACAUCCGCCGACAUCAACAUUACACUCAGAGAUAUUCUUGUGGAGUACAGACCCUUUGGAAAGCCCUCCAUGUUGGUUUGCCUGGCCCCUCGCCUAAAGGCCACCGUUUUUGUGCCGAGUUUGCCCAAUGAAGCCACAAGUGUGAAACUGUACCUUGAAAAGGAGCAUAUCUCGGUGUUUCUUCAUGACAAUUUUCAACAGUACUUGCUUGACUACGAUCAAGAGGCAGGACUUGGUUCUCUGUUUGGAAGCAGUGAAAGCGGUGUGGCGACUGACCUUAAAAAUAUCGGCUUUGUCCUGGUAUUGGAUAUCGCUUCGUCUGGGGGUAAUAAAAAUAGGGGCGUUGAUGAGGAGAGGGGGGUUGAUGCAUGUAAAAAUGGGGUGCCCAACGUUGCAGUCUUUGUUAACCCAACAGCCGAGAAACCGGUGCUUGUGGAGGUACAGAAACUUCGUGGCUCCAUGUUCUUUGCCUACGACUCCCUGUACUACUUCAGAACGGUGGUUUCACACUUUUUGGGGGGCGCUGAUCUCGCCUAUUUGCCCUCGCCCCACCUGCUUGUGGAACGGAGUGGUUCAUGGUUCAAUUGCAUUAUUCGGUCCAAGUCCGUCAAUAAGGGAAAACAUGCAUCCGUCAUGUGCCACCUCGCGCCGGACUACGUGCAUCGGCUUCGUCGGCUGCUGGAUCAGUCCGUGCUGGAUAUUGGACCUGUCGCUACCGUUGGCACCGACGGGGAUGAAGAGGUGUUGAAGGCAGGUCCGCCAGAAGGAAUGCUGAUAUCACAUUCAUUUGGUGAUUUUGACAUUAUUGACGUUAACGAGCUUGACACCCCACCCGCGCCUGCGUGGGGGACGCGUGAGAAUGAGCCUAUCAACCUGAUGGGGUGCUCCAAGUACACAAAUUUUUUGUCUGUGUAUGGGGCCCGGUGUGGGGGAUUACCGGGGUAUGUGCAGAAUCAGCGGUGUGUUACACGCUCACUGCCGCCAAACAGCGCAGUGGCCGUCGAGAUUUGUCUUUACGACUGCGACGUCAUUGCUCAUUUGUACGGUGGCGAGGAUUUCAUCCACUUUGACGUGCCGCAGAGUUAUCUCCACACCAUACAACGCUUUGGUAACAUGGAGGAUAGGGCGCAGGAGUCGUCGGUGCUGUGGAGUGGGAUGAGCUCCGAUGUGGAGCUUAACAAGGGGAGGCGUGAGGGAUGGCGAAGCGGAUUUCAUGGCGUUGGGCGACGGCAGGACGAGUACGUGGUUGCCCGCUUCACGGGCAUUCGGCUCCAGGUGGACAUGUUUGUGCCAGGAAAUACAAACUUUAUGCAGAUCUACCUCUCCGUGAGAGAUAGCGAGGUAGUGGACUGCAUUGAAAAGAGUUUGGUGCGCACGUUAUUCAUGGCCUCUCUGCCGCACUCUCUCCGUGACCACAAUGGGGAUUUAUUUGAGCUAAAGUGGACGACGGUUGUACCGCGCUCGUCUUCCCGCAAUACCGGGAUAGUUGUUGUGGGGAAACCGGAAGAGCAGCUCAUUGUGCGGCUCCAGCCCGUUACUUUGGCUGUGCAUCGACGUGCCAUGAAUUUGCUUGCGAAAUUUAUUGGGGAUCCGGAAAAUUUGCCUUGUGACAAUGACGAUUUGGACGAAGUGACGUCGCAGGUGCUCUUUUUCAGCAAGAUUGUUGUGUUUCCUGUGCAACUGACACUCUACGUCUACUUUGAGGGGGGUGAUGUCUCCCAAGCCACAUGCAUGAAUAAGUUUGAACUUGGCAACUUUAUUUUGCCCUCCAUUGAGCGGGCUCAGGUGCAGGUGCCAUUCAUGCUUGUCACAGCGUGCCCGCUCCAGAGCGUUGGGGAACGUAUUUUAAGCCUCAUGCGGGACCAGCUACUCAAUUUUAACGGCCUGUUCAUGCUACUUUGCGCUGUGCAGCCGCUGCAGCUGGCAUUCAACGUUGGGUCGGCAGGUAAAGAGAUUCUUUUUGCGCCGCUUUGUGAGUAUCGCCGCAAUAAACGUUUUUUCUCUGCUCUUUCCACAGCUCUGCGCAUGUUUUUGUUUACGGUCGUUUCACAGUCACUCAAUAGUGCGGUGGCAGUGUCGCGACGGGUACAAUGCACUACCUCUUCCAUGAUUACUUCCUUAUUGCCAGGGAGUGAGUUAUCGCCCGUGCCACGUGGGUCGCAGCCGGUGGGUCUCCUGGAGGGUUUGCAACGUGGCUUUGCUGAGUUCCUGCAGGGACUUCGUCUGGCCUCGAACGUCACCGCAUAUUGUCUGGGGCCUCACGGGAGUCCAGUGCGUUUACCAUUGGCGGCUCCCGUGGUUAUUGAUGGCCUUAUGCGUGGGACAGUUGAGGUGAUGUGCGGGGCGCGAAACAUGAUUGCCCCCGAGUUAUACUGGCACGAGAAGAAACUUUUUAAGGGCAAACGACGAAAGAAUGCACUAUAG